AUGGGGUCCGUGUCCAGUCCGAAGCUGGGGAAGCUAAAGGUGGUGCGGCGGCAGCUGCUGCAGAGGUAUGAGCACCAGCCGUUUGUGUCGUGUCUGGCUGGUCUGUACGGGUGUCAAUGGAGACGCUACCAGAGGACCAAGUCACAGCCUGGGGAGUGCUGCUGCAGCAGGGUGGAGUGUGGGAGCGUGGUCCUUCUGGUCCUGACCUUCCUCCUCUCCUCUCUGUUCCUCUACUUCUGGAGCCAGGCUCACAACGAUUACAAUGAUUUUGAUUGGUUUAACUUUGAGACUCUGGGAUUCUGGUUCCCCUGGUCUCUGGUGCUGCUGGUUGUUGCUGCUGCUCUGUUCACCUACAUCUCUCUGCUGCUGGUACUGGCAGUGUGUUUACUGUCUGAGGGACAGAGGUUGUACCUUCACUGGAGUCACAAGAUGGGGAUUGUGGUGACCCUGGCAUUCGCUGUCAGUGCCACGGCUGUUCUGUCUGAGGUGUGGAGUAAAGAGUGGAAGACCCUCCUCCUCUCCCUGCAGGUCACAGCCCCCUUUCUUCAUGUAGGCGGGGUUUUAUUUAUGACUCUCCUGUCCUGGCCAAUAGCGCUGCACUUUUUUCGCAUGAACAAGAGAGUGCAUCAGGUGUGUCUGUUGGGUGUGUACCUGGGUGUAUUGUUCAGUCUGUACCUGGUUCCUCUGGCCAUGUAUUCUCCCUGCAUCAGAGAAGCUGGAACCCUGGGACCCAAACCAACACUCCUCGGACACAGAGGAGCUCCCAUGCUUGCUCCAGAGAACACUCUAAUGUCCUUUGAGAGUGCAGUGGAGGCUGGAGUGGACGGGCUGGAGACUGACAUCACUAUAAGUGCUGAUGGCGUUCCGUUUGUGAUGCAUGACCUCACCCUGCAGAGGACCACUAACGUAGAGGAGGUGUUUCCUAACAGAACACACACACAUGCUGCCCUGUUCACCUGGUCUGAUGUACAGCUGCUCAACGCUGGGGCCUGGUUCCUCUCUUGGGAUCCUUUUGGCACGGUGUCCUCUCUGUCUCCAGAGCAGCGAGCGCGAGCUGCCAAUCAGACUGUUCCCUCCCUGGCUGAAGUUCUGGACGUAGCGAAUCGGACGGGCAGGACUGUGUUGUUUGACCUGAGACAGCCUCCUCCUGGACACCCUUAUAGAGACAACUACCUCAACAUCACCCUCGACCUCAUACACACACACAUCAACUCCAGCCAAGUGCUGUGGCUGCCAUCAGAUCAGAGAGGGGAGAUACAGCAGGUGGAUCCAGAGCUGCAACAGACAGCCGGACAGACUGCCUCUAUUCAGGAACUACAGGACAACCACAUCACUUCCCUCAAUCUGCAUUACAGCACCAUGUCUCUACAACACAUCAGUAAGUACAGGUCGGUGAACAUCAGUGUGAACCUGUAUGUAGUGAACCAGCCGUGGCUCUACUCUCUGGCCUGGUGCAGUGGAGCAUCCUCUGUUACCACCAACAACAUGCUGCUGAGAGAUAUACACACACCGCUGCUCCUUGUGACUCCAGAGCAGUACAGUGUGAUGUGGGUUUUGACUGACCUGGUCUCUGCUGCUCUUAUCGUCUGCAUCUUCAUAUUCCACUGGUGGCGUGAGCGAGGCUUACACUUCUGGUCAGGCAGUCGGCAGACACACAAGACCGGGCCUUAUAGCAAGUUCCGGACCGAUCCAGUGGAGUCAGGGAGGGGUCGAUGGAAUCCCUUCCACUCAGAGUCUCCCACUAGAACCCUCAUCUCCCUCCCUCUGGACCUUAACCCAUGAACCACUCAACUCGCGAACCCUGCAUGAACCAAUGAACCUCCCAUGAACCCUCUGGUUCUCAACCCUUGAAACCUGCAUGAACCUCCCAUGAACCAUUCCCAAACCAUUGGACCUCAACCCACACAUGAACCCUGCACCAACCGCUGACCUGAACCUCAACUACCACACCCCUGACCUCUAACCCAUAUCCUUUGCCCGGCAGAGCUCAGCGACGUCUGGUCCAUCUCCAGUGGGAAUGUCCGAACGGAACUACGUACCCCCAGUACCCUCCACACCAUCACAGAGGAAUAACACA